AUGACUGAAAAGACUGGACAAAUGGGAAACGAUCACCAAGCAAGUGAUGAUGACAUAUUUGGGGACGAUGACGAUCUCUUUCGGAAUGAUACAUUCGUUGACGAGGAAGCUUAUCGGCCAUUUAUACCAGUAUAUGUGGAAUCAGAGCCAAAUAGUGAAGUAACGAAAGAUCAGCUGCAUAAUAGUAGUAAGUCUCCGAUUCCCCCAGAUCCUGAAGGAUUUAAAAAUGAGGUAAAGGAAUCCUUAUAUUCGAGCGAUGGCGAGGAGAGUAAUGAAGAAUUACCAACUGACAAUGAGCUGAGAUCCGUUGUAAACCCGCCUAUAGAGGAACACGGACCAAGAAGGCGACUACGAAGCCACAAGCCAUGCUCUGUGGUUAAUGAAGACUCGAGCUUGCCAGUUAAAAGGCAGAGUCCAAGCGACUUGAGUAAUGCCAGCAAAUACCAAAAGUCAGAUAUCGAUCGACCUUUGGAGACCGAGGAAAGCUAUAACGUUUCAGAACCAGUGGAAGAGACAAGACAAAUGUCGACUAGCUCACCUGCUAAAGGCACCAAGGCCCGCCAAAAGAUAUUCAACCUAAUGUUUUUAUCCAAGUUAGAAGGAACUGUCGACAGGGCAAUCCAACUGAAGGUUUUGGGUAAAUAUGAUUUUGCCAGUAUUUUAGAGUCUGUUUUGGAGAGAGUCGUUGAAGAAUUCAAAAUUCCUUACCCAGUAAUGCACCAAUAUACUGUGGAUAAUGUGACAUUGUACUGGAACGGCGGAAAACUCUUAAAGUUUAUGACUUGUGACUCGCUCAAAAUUUCUAAUAUUGAUAACAACGAGGUUACCGAGAUUGAAGUUACUAUGGUGUCCAAAAGCGAUGAGGAGAGGUUCGAGGAAGAAGAAAGGGCGAGGCUCUUGAGAGUGGAAAAAGAAGCUAUGUCAAAAGCCAAACUACCUACUACCUUCGAAGCCGAUCCUUCAGAUGAUAAUGGAGAGGCAGACUGCAGUAUAGAAAUCAUCGAGAUGGAUGAUAGUAGCCGGGAGUCUGAAAUGAAGGAAGGUAGUAAACUGGCGCCUGUCGAUUUGGAAGAUGAAGAUGAGCUGGAAGUAAUAAAACUUGCUCUAGUAGGUCAAGAUAACGCAAGACUCUAUGUCAAUGUUAGAAGGUCUACUCCAUUUUCUAAAGUGGCCGAAUAUUACAAGUUGCAUAAACCUCUCCCAAUGGAAGUUAAGCUAAACCUUUAUUUCGAUCAUGAAAAGCUAGAUUUGAAUGAAACCGUGGGCGACCAAGAGCUUGAGGAUGAGGAUAUGCUUGAAGUAGUUAUAUGA